UUGACAGCUGACAAAAGGAAGAAAAUUUCUUUUACAAAUGGCUGGCGCUGUUUAGCACACGCUUUUGCCACAUAAAUAUCGUUUUUAUUGUGAAAAAAGGCGAAUUUCGAGGAGAAUAUAUUAACAAUGUCUGAUAAUUGGGGUGACGAUUCAGUGGUGGCUUCGGCCCCGAAAAUCGCUGAAUUGCCUGAAAUAAGGCUUUUCGCCAAAUGGAACUGCGACGACGUACAAGUUUCCGAUAUUUCUUUACAUGACUACAUUGCAGUAAAAGAAAAGAAUGCAAAAUAUUUGCCCCAUUCGGCCGGUCGUUAUGCUGCAAAACGUUUCCGUAAGGCCCAGUGCCCCAUCGUGGAACGUUUGACCAAUUCCUUGAUGAUGCACGGUAGAAACAAUGGUAAAAAAUUAAUGGCAGUACGCAUUGUCAAGCACGCAUUUGAAAUUAUUCAUUUGCUUACUGGAGAAAACCCAUUACAGAUUUUGGUAACAGCCAUCAUUAAUUCUGGACCUCGUGAAGACUCUACCCGUAUCGGUAGAGCAGGUACAGUAAGAAGACAAGCUGUAGAUGUGUCUCCUUUGAGGAGAGUCAACCAGGCAAUUUGGUUGUUGUGCACUGGUGCUCGUGAAGCUGCAUUCAGAAACAUCAAGACCAUUGCCGAGUGUCUGGCCGAUGAGUUGAUUAAUGCUGCUAAGGGUUCGUCAAAUUCCUAUGCCAUCAAGAAAAAGGACGAAUUGGAAAGAGUGGCCAAGUCUAACCGUUAAGAAAUUCUGUAUUAUUAUUACGGAAAUACAUUUCUAAAAAAUUUAAAUGGUGUUUUGCUGUCCUUAAAAUUGUAAAUUGUG